AUGGUGACAGGCGUCUCCCCCGAGGGAGGUAAGGGAAAGACAUUGUCGGCGAGAAGGGGAGGACGCAGAAUUCCGGCUGUUUCCCUAUUCCUUGUUUGGCCCGCUCACCUUUCCCAGGAAUAUGCUACUCGGGAUCUCGCAAGCGCUUCUCCCCAUAUUUAACUUAUUACGUUAAGUACUCGACUUUUUUAAGUAUUAUAUUAAUAUAUUCGACUAAAUAUCCUUAAAAGGAAACACAAUAAAAACAAAUUAUUCGAUCCCGUCGAAAUCAUUAUCUUUUAAUAAUCUAAUAACUAAAUUUUAAAGCACACCAAAUCUAUAAAUUAGCUCCAAACCCACAAAAUUUGACUUGGGCACUCACAUGCAUCCACAAAUAUAUUAAAUGAUUUAUUGAGGUGUUACGAUACUUGAAUCUAAUUGACCUUGAUUAGAAUCUAAGGUUAAUAUUUGACACACAGAAAAAACCCUAAAAAGCAAGUUUUGAUAUCAACCUAUUGAAACAUUCAAUAAUGUCUCAAAUAUAUCCUAAAAACUCAAUUAGCUUUUGGAUGCACAUAUUGUGUAUAUCCGUAAGUAUAAAUUUCUUAUUGAUUUGGUGAUCAUAUAACUCUCACUUAGUAUGUAGUGUUUGUUGGUCUCAACAUGAGCUAGAUAUAAUUCUAAGAGAGGGGAUGAAAUUGCUCUUUAAUGCCCACUUUUAUGUGUUUUAAAGUUGUUCUUAGUUUUGUAUUAAGUGGGUCAAUGUAGAUUGAGUAGGGUCAACAAAUAUUGGUUUAUAGUAAAUAGAAACCAAUGAUUAGUCAAUAUUGAGUUAUAUAAUUGAGUCAACAUACUAAAUGGAAAAAAUAAAAUAAACACAAAUUUAUACUAGUUUGACCUUCCCUAGGUUACAUCCACUUACCAAUGGUUUCUACCAUUGAUUUGCACUAUUCUUAUAUUGCAUGGUGUCUUAGUAUCUAGCAUGGGAAUCAACACACUUGCUAUUGUUGGACUUGAAUUAAAAGAUCUUCAAAGUGAUUUAAUGAUCUUGGAUCUAAAUGCUAUAUCUUGUAAAAUUUAAUUCACUAUAUAAGUUAUUAUAGAUUAGAAGCUUUUAGUCACUUAAUUUAGAAUCAUUAACUGAAUUCUGCACAUCACAUUAGUUCAAAUGUUGAUUCUAACAUCUAAUUAUUAUUAUUUUUCCAAUCAUGGACAUAUUGUACUAAUAAUUGGAGUAACUUUUUGAAUUUAAUUAUAAUACUCAACUAGAAUUUUUAAUAGGUAAAUAUUGUAAUUUAAGUAACAUGAUUUUGAUUAGUCUACUUAAUUAUUUUGCAAGCCAUUGGUUGUGUUAGUGUUGACUAGGCCAACACUUGGUCAUGUUCCUCUCAAUUCAUCAAAAUCCUGAUUUCAUCAUCAGAAACUCCUCAAGGAUAUGUUCCAUACAUUUUUUAACAAUAAAAAAUAAAGUCUAUUACAACUUGACAUUGAUGGGAACUCAUGAAACGAUUCAUGAAUUCAUAGAAAAUAACUAAGGAUUCAAUCUUCUAAUUGUUUCACUUAAAAUCCUAGAAAAUUGUUAAAUUCUCCUAUCAUGAUCAUCUCAAAUUCUUUUUUCAUGAUCUCUAA